AUGUCGGGGCAGUGCGUGAACCCGAAGUAGAUGAGGAUCCACCGGCCAAAGAAGUCCUCGCUGGUGGCCGGUUUGUUGUUGUGGUCGACCAGCGAGAAGGGGCCGCCCAGCGCCGGCUUCCCGAUGGACUUGUAGCAGUGCAGCCCGUGCGGUGUCAGCGCGUGCCCGGGCCCGGCCUCCCCCCGCGUGAGGCUGUGGGUAAGGCCGACGGCCUGGUUCCGCAAAACUUUGCUGUUCAACAACCGGCAGCCCAGGCUGUGACGGAAAACACUCAGAGCCAUGUUUCACUCGGACCUUGACAGAACCGCUGCUGCAACCAGGAAGCGGUUACGAGUUUCAUAAAGCGAGAAACCGGAGUAGAAAAAAACCUACUGAUCUCCGGUCAGUUUUACAAACCAAAACGCUUUACAACUCCCAAUUUUUACGUUCAAACCGCUGAUCUUAGAUCAGCUAGGUAGACAUGUUAUUUAACACGGAAAUUACGUCACAAAUCUCUUCUUCUAUUAUCAAAUUAAACCACGUGCUCUCUGCUUCCCCCCAAAGGAGGGAACUGGUACUACAAAGACAACAGCAAACGAGG